AUGGCUGAAUUGCUUGUUCCAAAGAUAAUAGGUGAAUUGGGUGAUGUUGCCAUGAAGCAGUUGGGGGCGAAGGUCAACUUGGUGAUGGGGGUCGAAGAAGAGGUGGCAAAUAUCUCCUCUAAGUUGGCAACCAUUGAAAAAGUGCUUCAUGAUGCAGAGAGACGAAGGCUGAAGGACAGAAGUGUUGGAAUUUGGCUAGAAAAGCUCGAGGACAUAACAUAUGAGAUGGAUGAUGUGCUGGACGAAUGGAACUUCAAGAUUCACAGAGCAAAGAAUGAGGGAACUAGUCAGAAUGCCAGAAUGCAGCCUACACUGCGGAACAAGGUUCGUUCCUUUAUCCCAUCCCUUUGUUCUUGUCUCAAACAAGUUCCUGUGCGUAGUGACAUAGCUCAGAAAAUAAAGAAAAUAAAUGGACAGCUAGAAUUAACUUUGAAAGAGGCAGAUCAAUUCAAGUUCAUUACAAGUGGGGGGAUUCCUGAUUCUCAUGAUUUUCAACGAAUUAUGACUACCUCAAUCAUAGACGAAUCAGAGGUCUAUGGUCGAGCAGCUGAUAUGGAGAAGGUUCUUGACCAAAUUUUGUCCAAGAGUAGUAGUCAAGACAGAGAUGGGGUUCAAAUUAUCUCUGUAGUAGGGGCCGGGGGUAGUGGAAAGACCACACUUGCCCAGCUGCUCUUCAAUAAUGAUAAAGUGCAGAACCACUUUGAACUUAGAAAUUGGAUCUGCAUAUCAGAUCCUUUCGACCAGAAAAGGGUCGCGAAAGCUAUCCUUGAGAAUGCUGGAAAAAGUUCUCAUGAAGCAGAGUUGGAUCCGUUGAUUCGACGUAUAAAAGAAACUUUUUCCGGUAAGAGAUUCCUGCUUGUCCUAGAUGAUGUCUGGACAGAGGACGACUCAAUGUGUGGAAACCUUACUCUCUCAACUCUCUUAAGGAUGGAAGUCGCUUGCCAGAAAAUCAGGGGACUUAUGCAAGAAGGUGGAAAGAAUUGGGCAGAAAAUUGCAGAAAAGUGCAAGGGCUUGCCACUUGCAGCAAAGACUAUGGGAAGCUUGUUACGGUUCAAGAUACCGUACAGCAGUGGCAGAAUGUUUUGAAUAGUGAGGUAUGGCAAUUGGAGGAAGCAGCUGUGGACCUUUUCCCUCAUUCGUAUUUAAGCUAUAACGAGUUGUCCCCGGAGCUGAUACAUUGCUUCUCAUAUUGUUCUGUCUUUCCCAAAGAUCAUGAGAUAGAAGUAGAAGAGCUUAUUAGGCUGUGGAUGGCACAAGGUUAUGUUCGCCCAAGACGAAGAGGUGAGCGCGUGGAGCUGGUGGGCCGUGAGUAUUUAAACAAUUUGGCAAUGCGUUCCUUUUUUCAAAAUUUAGGAAAAUAUGGUCGUGAAUAUGGCGAGUGCACGAUGCAUGACAUAGUGCAUGAUUUUGCACAAUUUCUCACAAAAAAUGGAAUUGGAAGAAAUUCAUCUAGUGAAAGACCACGUCAUCUAACAAUUAUGGAAGAAGGCACUGAGGAGGAGAUGUUUAGUUCUCCAGUCGUUGAUUUUGGAAGGCUCUGGAGCUUUUUUGCUUUUCGUAGAAUUGGAACAGUAGUAGUUCCCCAAAAUCUGUUUUUCAGUUUGAAGUGCGUGAGGACUCUGGUUUUAAGUGGUUGUGGGCUAGCUGAAAUCCCAACCGAGAUCGGAAGGUUGAUUCAUCUUCGGCACUUGUACUUAAGUUCGAAUCCUUUCAUUACACUGCCAGAAGCUAUAUGUGAUCUAUAUUAUCUGGAAACUCUGAAUAUCAGUUUUUGUCAAAAGCUUUCGUGCCUUCCUGAAAGGAUUGAUGACCUUGUACACUUGAGGCACCUUGAGAAUGUCGCGACCGAUGAAUUACGCCAAAUUCCACAAGGACUUGGGAAGCUGACGUCACUCUGUAGUUUGACUCAUUUCAUCGCUAGGUGCAACUCUGAUGAUUUGGCAAUUCUGAAGGACCUGAACCAAUUGAAAAUAUUGAACCUUGAAAUUGAAGGAGAAGUAGAUUUUGGGAGUGCAGAACUUGGCAAGAAAGUCAACAUGCGUAACAUGUAUUUGCUCUCUAGAUUCGAGGCCCACUUUAUAGAAACUCCAAGUUGCAUUGAAACUAUGGAACCACCUCCAAACUUGGAAAAACUUGAGCUAGAUGGCUAUCCAGGAGCCCAGUUACCAAGUUGGCUUGUGACGAAGUCUCACGCCGAUAACUUGACAAGGCUAUUUAUUGUUAGGGCCCGCAACAUCUCAUCCUUGCCUGCCUUGUGGAAGCUAACAUCCCUAGAAGUGCUUGUGCUUGUGGAAGCGGAAAGGCUGGAAUGUUUGGGUAAGGAAUUUUUCGGAGUUACAAAAGCACUACAUGAGAAUAGUCGUGAUGCUCUUGAUACAUUGUCAGACUCCAAGUCAUCAUUCUCAGCUGAAGCAGUGGCAUUUCCAAAUUUGAGAACAUUACAUUUUCGCCGCUUCCAAAAUUGGACAAAUUGGGAAGACUUAAGUGAAGAUGAUGAAGAAGUUGCUAUCUCUAUCAUGCCAUGUCUGGAGGAGCUAGAAAUUAAUCAAUGUACAAAGUUCGAGACUCUGCCACAUUGCAUCCUCGGCAAGAUAUCAUCUCUCAAAAUUUUGGAUAUUCGACGUUGCGACAAGUUGAGGGAUCGUUACUCUGACAAAACAGGAGAUGACUGGAUAAAGAUAUCACACAUUCCUCGAGUUCACAUAUCUGACAAAUAUUAG